CGACCCCCCGGUUGAAUGGAUAUGGCGUCUACCCCAGCUCAGUCGAUCCACAUCGAACCUGAUCCGAACUCCGACGAUGCUUUGUGGAUUAGCGACCUGCGCGACCCCGACACGGAUUCCCUGCAAUCGUUGACAUCGAGUGUGCUUGCAUAUGAGUACCGAAAUGGUCGUCGCUAUGCCGUUUAUGGGUCUGGCCGAUAUGUGUUGCCGAAUGACGAGUCUGAGUGUGACCGUAUUGACCUGUUGCAACACAUCUUCGGGAUGCUCUUUGGGGGCCGGCUGGUGUUCGCGCCUAUCCCUACCCCACAGCGGAUUCUGGAUGUCGGGACAGGAACAGGCACUUGGGCAAUCGAUGUGGCAACGAUGUAUCCGAGCGCACAUGUCACGGGAACGGACAUAUCAGCUCAUCAACCCUCAUGGGUACCACCAAACCUAAGCUUCAUCAUCGACGACGCAGAACUCGAGUGGAGCUAUAGUAGCCAAUUCGACCUGAUCCACAUGCAGGGCCUAAAUGGAGCAAUCCGCGACUGGCCUCGUCUCUUCAAACAAGCCUAUGACCACCUGACGCCAGGCGGCUACCUUGAAGUAAAGGAUACCGAUUUCACAGCCACCUGCGAUGACGAUACCAUCCCCGAGACCUCUAGCCUUCGAAUCUGGGAGAACGAGUGCAUCCAAGCAUGCGCACGCCUCGGCCAAACCUUGACUGCCCCGGCGCACGUAAGAGGGUGGAUGGAGGCGGCCGGAUUUGUAGAUAUAGAAGAACGUCUCUUCCGAUUACCCAUGAAUAGCUGGCCGAAAGACCCGGAGCUCAAGGAGAUUGGCCGGUUUCAGAACUUUCAGUAUAUGGAGGCUCUCUCCCCGUAUGCUCUGGGCUUGCUGGUCGAGGUGCUUGGGUGGGGGCGCGAGGAGACGGAGGUGUUCUUGGUGGGUGUCAGGGGAGAUUUGAGAAAUCGAAGGCUGCAUGGCUAUCAUAUUGUACGGGUUGUGACGGGCCGGCGCCCUUGAAGGAACCCAGCGGUCACAUGCCUUCUCUCCAUGUCGAGCCGCAGAAUUCAGGCGAUCGUUGUUUCUGCCCUUCCACUCUGCUGUGGCGGUGGCUGUAGGACUAGAGGCUUACAUGUUCCUUGCUAUUUGCCAGUGGGGCAACGGCGAAUAACAGUCACUUGUGCGACAGGGGCACGAAUUCACCAUCGAACUAUACGGGAUGCC